AUGGAUCCCACCACCUACCCUCCUCCACCAGGCCAAACCCGCCGUUAUGCUCCGCCGACAAGAUCAGGAACCGUCCGCUUCCGCAUUCCCUCCUCCAACGACAUCGCAGAGACAUCCUACUCUAUAUGGGGCAACCUUUCCAGCAAAAAGGUUCCCUUGAUCUGCGUCCAUGGCGGCCCUGGCAUCCCUCAUGAUUACCUCCUCCCCAUCUCUUUGAUCAGCACCGACUACACCAUACCCGUCGUGAUGUAUGAUCAAGUUGGCUGCGGCCGCUCCACCCACUUUUCUCCGCACCAGUAUCACCCAAGUUUCUUCACCAUCGAUCUUUUCCUCGCCGAGCUGGAUAAUUUGAUUCGCUGCUUGGGCAUCACCGUAUACGAUCUCUUCGGUCAUUCCUGGGGUGGCAUGCUCAUCUCCUCCCACGCCUUGACCCAGCCGGCCGGUCUCCGCAAGCUCAUUCUGUGCUCUACCCCCUCCAGCAUGAAAACAUUUGUCCAGGUGGGCGUAGAACUGCGAUCCUUUCUGCCACUGGAAAUCCAGGCUUCGUUGUCCGACCCCCUGAGCCCAGAGCACGCCGCAGCAGCCAUGGAGUUACACCGCCGUCAUCUGUGUCGAGUUGAACCGUUCUUCCCAGAGGAACUCAUGACUUCUUUGCAUAGUCUUGCCGAGAAUGACACUGUUCAUCACGCCAUGAACGGAGGCCCAAGCACACCCGCCAGGGUUGAUAUCAACGGUUCGCUCAAGGACUGGAGUGUGGUGUCUGAGCUAGGUCUGGUGACGGAAAAGACGGUCCCAGGUGGAGUGCUGCUGAUAAACGGAUACUUUGACUCGGCGCAAGAUGCUUGCGUCCUGCCUUGGUUCUCCAAGACCAAGGCAAGGGUCAAGUGGGUGCAGUUUGCGCUCAGUUCGAGCACGCCCCAUUUGGAGGAAACAGACAGGUUUGUCAGCGUGGUGGGGAGGUUUCUGACGACGCAUUCUUGA